AUGGAUUUACUUGCACAGCCCUUGACUCCUCAUGAGAUACCAGACCGGCCAUGGGCAAAGAUAGGAGUUGAUUUAUUCGAGUUCAAGAACACUAACUAUCUUCAGUGUGUCGACUACUAUUCUAAAUUUCCAGAAGUAGCUAAGCUUCCGAGUUUAAAGAGUUCAGCAACCAUCACUGCAUUAAAGUCAAUUUUUGCCCGUCAUGGAAUACCGGAUGAGGUCGUCAGCGAUAAUGGACCACAGUUCGCAAGUGUUGAAUUCAAGAACUUUUCCGAAGUUUGGGAGUUUCUUCACAUCACUUCGAGCCCUGGGUAUCCUCAGUCCAAUGGACAGGUUGAAAGAACAGUCCAAACAGUAAAAAAAUUACUAAAGAAAGCUGAUGAAAGUGGCCAAGAUCCCUAUUUAUCAAUACUGGAAUACCGUAAUAGUCCUUUGGAUAGCGUUAAUAAAUCGCCAGAACAACUGCUUAUGAGUCGCAGAUUGAAGAGUCGUCUUCCGACCAUUACACCAUUGUUACAGCCACAAAUCCAACAAAAUGUUGUGGAAAAAUUGCGAUCAAGUCAGCAAAUCCAAAAGAAAUACUAUGACAUUGGGUCAAGAGUUCUACCGCCCCUUCGUAAAGGAGAGGCUGCAAGAAUGCAAAGGAAAGGAAAGUGGGUACAAGUGACUGUCAUUGAGCAACAUGAUACGGCACCACAAUCGUAUCUGGUACAGACUCAAGAUGGUCAAAUAUUCAGACGAAAUCGACGACACCUUUUAAAGACUAAUGAAAGGCAGUGUGACUCAUUCAAUGAGGACUCAGAAGAGGAUACCCCACAGACAGAACACGUACCACUGCAGACAGAACAUUUACCAGUUGAAGAAGAGAAGCACGCAAAUACAGAAGGAAUCCAGAUCACGAGAUAUGGACGCAGAGUGCGUAAGCCACAGCGUUACGGAGUGAAUCCAGAUUGA